AUGGAGGUGAGGACAAAUUCUGGACUUUCUCCUCAUAUCGUUAUUUAAGUGUUUUCAGCUGUAUCAAUCUGAUCAUCGUUGUCUUCUCUUUUAGCCCCUGAUAUACAGAUCCUUCUGGCCACUGCUGGAGAUUAUGAAUGGGAUUUGGCUAACUCAGGAGCGAUGUGUCUGGAUAAGUUUAGUCAGAGUAUAAGGAGCAUUUGAGACUACGGGGGAGGUUUGCAGUUUUGAACUCUCUCUUCAUAUUAUAGACACUGUUUCAGUGUUUUCAGCAGUAUAAAGCAAGCUGAUGAAGUUUCUCUCUUAUCAUGUCUUCUCCUUUAACCCCUGAUGUACAGAUCUUUCCUGCAACUGCUGGAGAUUAUGAAGGGGUCAUGGCAAUCUCAGAGGGGCUCCACAUGGGGGUGGAUUACUUGCCAUACAAAUACCACACAUGGCUGAAGGACCCUCAGAGGAGGAUGUUCGUUGCCAAAUCAGAGGGCAAAGUGGUAAGUUUAAAGGGACACUAUAGUCACCUGAACAACUUUUAGCUUAAUGAAUCAGUUUUGGUGUAUAGACCAUGCCCCUGCAGCCUCACUGCUCAAUCCUCUGCCAUUUAGGAGUUAAAUUCCUUUGUUUAUGAACCCUAGUCACACCUCCCUGCAUGUGACUUGCACAGCCUUCAAUAAACACUUCCUGUAGAGAGAGCCCUAUUUAGGCUUUCUUUAUUGCAAGUUCUGUUUAAUUAAGAUUUUCUUAUCCCCUCCUAUCUUAAUAGCUUGCUAGACCCUGCAAGAGCCUCCUGUAUGUGAUUAAAGUUCAAUUUAGAGAUUGAGAUACAAUUAUUUAAGGUAAAUUACAUCUGUUUGAAAGUGAAACUAGUUUUUUUUUUCAUGCAGGCUCUGACAAUCAUAGCCAGGGGAGGUGUGGCUAGGGCUGCAUAAACAGAAACAAAGUGAUUUAACUCCUAAAUGACAGUGAAUUGAGCAGUGAAAUUGCAGGGGAAUGAUCUAUACACUAAAACUGCUUUAUUUAGCUAUAGUAAUGUUCCUUUAAGGAAAUACAUUAAUGAAAGACUCCUGAUUGCACUUACUGGUUAUCAAAUCAAUGGAAGUGAUGCAUUAGUGACUUAGCAUAAUUUUGUUUGUGAUUUCGAAAGGAGAAACUUUCUUGACAUGAUUAUGGUCUCUCUUUUGUUAGGUGGGUUUUGACUCCUUCUUAUUGGUUGAUGGAGGUAUUACAGCUGUCGUGCAGGGUCUUCGUGUUGCCGAUUGGAUGAGAGGUUGUGGAGUGGCUGGGAUACUCCAAAGGUUUUGCUUUAAAACCUUACGUUCGGACCAUCCCAAUGUCAUCAGAGUUCGUCUGACUAUGGUACAAAACCCACCUGCCACCAUGUUGAAUACGUACCAAAUUAUACACUCCAAGGUAAACUCACUGCAUCUAAACCAUUAUUUCUCUCUAACCUUUUUCUCUAGCUUUUCCUUCAUAUGCUACAUCUUUUGUUGUUCUCUCUGAAAUACAAUUACACAAAUACCACAAGUGCAAACAGGAUACUAAUGGCAAUAUCGAUAAUCUAAACAAAAUAUUAAUCGAAAAUGUUCCAGUCAUCAGGUAUUCCUGUAGAUGUAAAAUGAGCACAAGUUGUAAGUAUGUACAGUAUUAGACUCCUAUGCUUGGACACCAUGGCCUUGCUGCUAUAAGGGUCUAGAACAAGGGUAGGCAACCUUUUAGCAGCACUGUGCCGAUAUAAGAUUGUGAUGUCCUAUUUUUUUUAAAUUGAGGUGCAUAUGCUGCCGUAUUCUGCUUGUGUUAUUUUUACUGUAAUUGCUUUGUAUCGUUGUAUAUGCAAGGCUGUCUUUAAUACUGACUGGACCCUGGGUAAAGCAUUUAUUGGGGUCCCCUGUCCCCCCUCCCCAGGUGUGCAAUCACGUCCUCCACCCCAACGCUGACACACACAGACAUGCUUACACACACAGACAUACUAACACACUCUCACACAGACAUGCUGACACACACACACAAGAAUACUAACACACACCAAAUGUACACUUUAAACCCCACCCUCCAGUUUCCUACCUUGCCUGAGGUGUUGGGAGGUGGGAUCUGGCUCUCUUGGCCAGCCCCCCUCCACUCUGCUUACUCUUCAUUCCCGUGCGCUCCUCUGUUUGUGGGAGGAAGUGAUGCACGGCCGUCCCUUCCUCCCAGCCUGCUGCCGAAAAGCAAGGGGCCCGUUCGCACUGUUAAAGCGCCUCAGCGCGCGACCAGACCCCUGCUGACAGAAGCCCACCAGGUGGCCCUUUGUGCAUGGGUCAGCCGGUGGGCCUCCUUAGUGUGCAGAUUACCGGCCAGGGGGUGAGAAAUAGUUGAGGCCAGUGGGGCUUACGUUUUAGCUGCCCCAUUUACCCUGUGUUAAAGACGGCCCUGCGUAUAUGAGCUAUUAUAUUGUAUAUGUUCAUGAGUAGUUUAUGGUAUUGUGUAUGAUACAUAUGAAUGUAAGCUGUGUGUGUAUAUGUCACAUUGUGUGUCUGGUAGUGUGUGGGGGCUUAUUGGGGUAUUGCAUGUGAGAGGCUGCAUGUGGGGUUGUGUAUGUGGAUUGUUAGUGGUGUUGCGGAUUGUGUGUAUGUUUGUGUGUGGGCUGUUUAUAAUAUUUUUGUAUGAAGGGAGGGUUAUUCUGCAGCUCUGUGUAUAUUUAGCAGUGUGGGUGACUUUCCUGGCUUCCAGUGGGGACCAGGCUGGCCAGGUACAGGUCAAGGACAGGAGCUGCAACAGCAACUGCGAGCUGCUCUACUACUGUGUAGAUUCCGAUUCACAAGUGCUGGAAUGAAGUGCUCUGAGAUCACUUCCUCUACGUGCUGCAAUGCAUAAAUUGAGGAUUGUCCUUCACCACCUUUUCGGAUUAGCAGAUAUCUGAAGUUUCACUGGGACUCCUGAUAGGCCAGAGUGCGUGUGGUUCUAGCAGCCUUGAGUGCCGUGCAAAGACACCUGGAGUGCCGUAGGUUGCCUAUCCCUGGUCUAGAACAUAGUUUUUUCUUUCACCUUUUUAUUGUGCAUGUUUUAGUUGCACUCUCAAACCCCCCGGGUUUGCUCAGGAUUUGUAUAUAUUUAUUUUUCUUCUUACAAAAGAUAAGCUUCUAUGUCACUUCUUCUGUAUUUGUAUUUUUUUUUUACAUUUUCAGAAUCUUCUCCCAUGCUGAUCAUAUUUAAUAAUAAUCACUGUAUCAACACUGCUAAACAAAAACCUCAUCAUGUGAAAAGAAGGCAGGAACAUUUUAAACAACUGUCAUCUGUUUUUGUUUUUUUUUUUUUCUAAUUUUUAUUUCAUAUGUAUUAUCUUGUAGUGUACACAUAUAAGUAAAUAACUAUUUUCAGUACAUCUACUGGAUUACCUUUUUCUAUGAAGGGGCGACCAUUGUUAAGUGCUCUUUGGUUGAAAGAUCCACUUAUCUGACUGCUGACCAUGGACAAUAUCAAAAAGGCACAAAUGCAUCCUGGCACCAGGAAGAUAGCACACCUCUUUAUUGAAGAUUAAGACACAGUUAAAACCAUGAUUCCAAAGGCUUUGAAGUAAUGUAUGGCUCUGCUGUAUUUUUAAUUUUUAUGUUAUUUUAAGUGAUUUCCCUAUCCUCAUUUGUUUGCAGGGCACUUGUCCUACUCUUACCCCCAUUUUACUUGCUUUUGCAGCUCUCUAGCACUUUCAAGGAGUUUUUUUAAAGAGGGAUUUUUGUGGCCAAAAGUUUAGGUCCCCAUUGACUUCAAUGGGAUUCGGGGUCAAGUUUGAGCCCGAACCCGGACUUUUUUUUUUCCAUAGUUUGGCUGAACCCGCCGGACCCGAACAUCCAGGUGUCCGCUCAAAUCUAUUGGACAGCAGUUUUGUCUGUUUGCUAACGUAUAAACAUUAGGUGGGUAGAAUCUCUCUAUAGUUACUGAAUUCCUUUGCAAAAAUCUAGUGGUAAGAUGAAAUCAGAUUGGAGAUAAGAACAUUUGUAAAGGGGAGAGAUCAACUAAACUGUCGAUUGGCUAUAGUGCAGACUAUAGCAGGGAAUAACUGGGUGAGGAGUGAUUUUAGGAAAAAAUUUAAAUAAGCAGGUGAGUAUAUUAGAGUUUGGAGGCACUGAUAAACACAGGCAGACAACAAUCAAUAUAACCUUCACAGCCGAUCACCUGCUUAUGCAGUGCCUUCAGGGGGACUGCCUGAGCUCUCCGGCUCUCCCCUAAAGCCUUUAAAAACGUUUUCAAGUUAAAAUAAAGCUUUAAAACAUUUUAUAAACUUAAUAAAAGUACUUAGAUCAUUAUAUAUCUCUACGUACUUUUAUAUGCACAUACAUAAAACUAUUAUUCCAAGUGUAUUUUAAUAUUCAUAUAUAAUUACUAAAAUAAAAUAUUUAAAAUACACUUAGAGCCCCAAUUAUGCAGAUACAAGGGCAGAGUGGGAGUCAGCCAUGGACACUGAUUCAGUAAAUACACUCCAGUGGUGCAUAUUUAAUUUGUUUAGUUUGUUUUGGAGGGAUCUGGGGUAUAUAUUCUCUUGUCUGCACAUUUGUUACAUGUUACCUGUCCUGAUAAAAGUUCCAUGUUGGAGCUGAAACAUUGAUAUAUUAUAUGGAAUAAAUAAAAGCCAAAUUUUACUACUUCAGCACCGGGCACUACAAAAGUCUUCUUGGAGUGUGUGUGUGUGUGUGUGUGUGUGUGUGUGUGUGUGUGUGUGUGUGUGUGUGUGUAUAUAUAUAUAUAUAUAUAUAUAUAUAUAUAUAUAUAUAUAUAUAUAUAUGUAUGUGUAUGUGUAUGUGUAUGUAUAUAUAUAUAUAUAUUGUAGAAAUUUGAGACGUCCGCUACAAAAAAUACAAUUAGUAUAUAUUAAAGGAGGGAAUUACAGGAAAAGUGCUGCUCAGAUGGGCAAAGUAACUAAACAGUGAACUAGUGAAAUAUAAAUAUAUUUUGAUAAAGGAUGGAGAAAAAAUCAAAUAAAAUAAAGUUAUAUACUAAAGUCCACAAGCAAUGUCGAUAUUAUUGGUACAAUGGUUGAUAGCCAAAAAAAAUUGCAUCAAUUGGUAGCAAAUAACAGUCCAUAUAAUAACAUACUGUAGAUGUGAAUAGCAAAUGUCUGUAGUAAAAAUGUAUCAGAUCUCUAAAUCACAGGAUCUUGUUACUGAUAAGCAGGAGAUGGAUAACUUUGGCUGAUAUAGUAUAACCUACAUAGCAUUGAACAGAAAAGGUAUAACGUCCCUUACAGAAAUAAACAAUACCUGCCAUAUAGCGGUCUCCUGUAUUGGGUGAUGUCUUGAAAUAGGAUCUCUGGAAUAACAGGCAUAUAACUGGAAAUGCAGUACUAUCGCUUUGUAUGUCUCCUACAUCCUCCCAACCCCUUUGCGUGUCUAUCUCCCCCCAACCCCUUUGUUUGUUUUGUUUUUUGUUUUUUUGUCUCUUUUACUCCCAGGCCCCUCUCUGUGUCUUUCCCCUCCCACCCCCAGGUCCCUCUCUGUGUUUCUCUUUCACCCCUUCCUCAGCCUCUGUGUGUCUUACACUCCCCCAACCCUUAAUGAUCUUUCACUCUCCCCUGUCCCUUAGUUCUCUCCCCUUGAUCACUUACUGCCCUCCUGUCCUUAGCGAUCUCCCCUUCUGUCCCUUAGUUCCAUCCCCUAGUUCUCUGCCCUGCCCUCUGUCCCUUAGUGAUCUUUUCUACCCUCCUGUCCCUUAGUGAUCUAUCGUACCUUCCUAUCCAUUAGUGAUCUCCCCCGUCCCUUAGUGAUCUCUCCCCCCCCCCGUCCCUUAGUGGUCUCUCCUCUCCUCCCUCCCCUUUCCUUAGUGGUCUCUCCUCUUCACUCCCCCCUGUCCCCCUUCUGUUAGAGUUCUCCCCCCUCACCUGUCCCUAGGUGGACACUCCACCCUCUUCCCUGGUGGUCUCUCCUCUCCCACCCCCCCUUCCCUGGUGGUCUCUCCUCUCCCCACUAACCUGGUGGUCACUCCUCUCCCCCUUCCCUGGUGGUCUCUCCUGUACCACCCCCCCUGUUCUCUGGUGGUCUUUCCUCUCCUCUCGUAUCUAUAAUUUGAUUUCAUCUUACCACUAGCUUUUUGCCUAGGAAUUCAGUAACUAGAGAGAUUUUACUAGGGAUUCGGCUUUUUAAAAAAAAAAAAUAUUUUAUUUUAGUUCCCCCACGUAAUGAUUAUACUCUGUUAGCAAACAGAUAAAACUGCUGUUCAAGUGUUCUAUUUUGAAGAAUAGGCGAGAGUCUGAUGGGGUUAGGCACUAGCAAGUUGUUUCAAAGGAGUGGAGCUGCCCAAACGAAGUCUUGCAAGUUCGAGUUAGCAGUAAGUAUUAGAGCAGUAGACAGGAGAAGGUCACUAGUCGAGCCAUACUACAAUAUCCACCAUGUGUAGCACACCAUUUAAAACGUAAUAAUUGAAAAUGCCUAUGUUUAUUCGGUUUCCCUAGGAACGUUUUAUGAAGCCACUUUGCUCCUUUUUUCAGGGAGUUACCUGAGAUGGAUAUCUAACAAAAAUUAUUUCUGGUCUCAUUGCUAUUUUCAAGGUGUCCUUCUUGCCCUGAUUUCUCAUUUGUCUCCUGCAGGCUGUUAUUUCUGCUGAGCAGUUGGAGGAGGCAGUCAAGAUUUUGGAAUCUCGAGUAUCCGCUACAUGUGAUCAUUGCAUUCCUCCUGUCUUCCUUCAAUAUUCUGAGGUGCACAAUUUGUUUCCUGGAUGUCUUAAAGAAGAGGAUCUUCUUCCUGGAGGCUUCCUCAUGCAAUCCUGGCUGCCAAUUACCACCAAUAAAGCCAAUCUUGAUCUAAUGCAGCGCUGGAAGGUCCAGUGGCUCUGCUCAUACCCAUUUGAUGCAUUAGGGGAAGUCACUAGAUCCUCUAAAUUGCAAGGUAGCUCUGAUGUCAAUAAUGGUAUAAGAAAAACGAAACAAUCUGCAAGCAAAGAUGACCUCAUUGCUUUUACUACUCCUGCAUCAUCCAAAGGUUUUUUAGGCUUCCUCAGCCUUGGAUCCCCUAUGUUUCCAGUGCCCUUAGGUGAAGGGAAGCACCGCCUGGAUAUAGACUUAUUUGGAACUGACCUGUCUUUUGCCAAAAUUCAUAUACUAUACCAGUUAAAGGAGGCUGUGAAGAAAUUGCCCACUGGGGGCAGUAUUGUCUGCUUUGUGUACAUAGAGGAGAGGCUACAUGCUGGACUCAAUGACUUUGUCAAAGGAAUCACUCCAUUCAAAAUCUGCAGGCAGCAACUGGUUCUAGAAAUGGACCUCACAGCUAUUACGAUCUCAUGA